AUGAUUCCUCUUCUGCUACUUUUUGGCACUGCUCUUGCCUCAUGGCAAGAUGUGGUUGCUUCGUCCCGACUACCAAGAGCUGAAGACGGCUCUAUCGGAGUUAUUCCUGAGAACUAUCGGGUAGAGCUGACGAUCAACGAUUUGAACUCAGAGAACUUCGCUUACUCAGGCGUGGUGGAAGUUGAUUUCGAAUGGAAUUUGGGCGACUUUGAAUACCUCGCGCUCAACGAAGAGAAUUUCUUUUACAAGUCAGUGACACUUGAUGGACAAGCUGUCGAGCACUUUCAAGAGGGUGGAUUUAUUUUCAUCACUAUUCCCAUUGGAUUCGAAUUCCAGGAAAAGACAACUGUACGAAUUGAGUUUACUGGUAGAUUCGAUUACGUGACUUCUGCAGGCUGGAAUGAAGGUUUCUUCGUCGACUACUACGUUGGCCCUGACGAAUUGACCUACAGCAACAUUCUCGUCACUCAGUUCGAGUCUUGCGGUGGCCGCAAAGCAUUUCCAAUGUUUGACGAGCCGGAGUACAAAUCGACUUUUGACCUAGAAGUUACGCUCUACGGAAAUGAAGGCUACUACGCAUUAUGGAACACGGAUACGAUCGAUGUUAUCCAACAAAAUGAUUCUUCCGUUACUUACGUGUUUGAUCGCUCGCCAAAGAUGAGCUCGUAUUUGUUCUCCUUGUCUGUCGUUAAUUACGUUUACGUGGAAGGAACUGCUCCUGAGACCGGCGCCAGAAUGCGCGUUUAUUCUCCCAAGUGGGUUGAAAAUAUAGAAUUUUCCAGCUUCGCUCUUGAUGCUGGAAUUGCUAUUCUCGAUGGCUUGAGCGAUUUCUUCGGCUACAACUAUUCAGAUGCCUUCCAAGGAGUGCCAAAGCUCGAUCAAAUUGGAUUCCCCAAUAGCGGUCUCGGAGCGAUGGAAAACUGGGGACUAGUCACUUAUGAUUACACCUGGCUUUAUACAAAUACGGACAAGAUGACUGAGUUCUGGACUUCUGACGUAGCAGCUACUGUAGCUCAUGAACUGGUUCAUCAAUGGACUGGGAACUUGAUUACUGCAGAGUGGUGGGACGAGUUGUGGAUAAAUGAGGGCUUUGCAGAAUGGGGAGGAGCUUUUGGUCUCCAAUUUGUCGACUCGAGCAUUGCCUGGGAAAAUUACUUGUACUUGUACGAUUCGGACUGGGCGUACUGGGUGGAUCAAACGCGAAACUCACGUCCGAUCGUGAACAAACAGAACAACGACGGCUACAUUGUGGAUACAUGUGAAGCUAUCGACGCCCAAUUUGACGGUAUCGCUUACUCUAAGGGAAGUCUAAUAAUCCGAAUGAUCAUUGACGUAAUCGGCAUCGAUGCAUUCCAAGCCGGUAUGCAAAAAUACCUCAACGAGAACAAGUUCACCAACCCUACUACCGAAACUUGGUUCAGCUACAUCUCCGAAUUCGUCGAUCCAGCAGUCCUUCCAGAGGGAAAAACGUUUUACGAAACCUUCAAAGGCUACUUUCUCCAGAUGGGUUUACCCUUACUUACCUUCAAAGACUCCCACGAAGCUUUUGCUGAGCGAUUUUUAUGGCAAGAUACUGAGGUCACUCUUCCUGAGAGCUCGUUGAAUUACAACUGGAACAUUCCUGUUAAAAUAUUGAAGUUCGACUCUUGCUCCACAGAAAUUCAGUGGUUAACAGAAGAAACAAUGGCUGCCGAUCGAACCCUCAACUUCGGAAAAGAACGCAUUGGCCGCGAUUUCUGGCCGUUUCCCGACUCACGAUCCUACACAAGAACUUCUUAUGGCUCUAUUUCCAACUUCAAUGAAUUGAUUACCCAGUUAAUGACGCAGGUUUCUUGUCUGGAGACCGUUGAAAACAUCCAACUGCUCACCGCAGGAAUGAUUAUGGAUCAGUUUUACCUCGCCACUGCUUUAGGACAUCGAGAACACUUCCAUACGAAUUACGGUCACGUGAUGGAGCCAACGAGGUUGAUGGCCAUUGCUGAAAUUAGCCACCGGCCACAGGACUGGAUCGUUUGGGCGCAUGCUGGUACUGUGUUUGACCGAAUCGUCGAGGAUGAAAUUUAUACUCACAGAAGUGGUGCGAAACUCGUCCGAUUCAGCUCCAACCGAGCCUUGUUUGAAGAUUACAUGCAGUCCCUUGCCAGCACGAAUAGAUACAUGAGCAACGAUCUUUCUGGCUCGGAUGAAAAGAAAAUGGCUUCGCUGUACACAAGCUGGGCGUGCAACUACGGAUCGAGCUGGUGCCUUUCGGAAGCAUCGAAGCUCGCACUUGACGUUGUCAACGGCAACGGAGACUGGCGCGACCUUGACGUUCACAUCAGACUUCAGGCAAAGCACUUCGCCGUCCGCGGCGGAACUCAGCAAGUCAUUGACCUCUUGGUGGACGAAAUCUACAGCGGAAACCAACGCGAAAUUAUCAGUAAUCUUGAAGCCCUCGCAUACCUCCCAGCUAGCCAUGCCGCGAAAAUUGUCGAAGUUUUCGAAUAUAUCUCAGACGACUAUCCCAGCUACGUCAGUGAGUUUGCGAUGAAGGCAGCCGAGCAGCCUGAGAUCCGAGACAUCGUCAUUGAUUUGUUCAUCGACGACCAGGCAAUCAUCGAAGUCAUCAAGGAAGAGGGCGUCAUCAACUCCGUCGUCAAAGGCUUCUGCGAGUACAUGCAAGAAACAAAUGCACAAGAAAGGGUUUAA